CAACGUUAUUUAUUUUAAUAGGUUAUGAUGACUCUUGCUAGUCAUUUACAAACAGUGGAAGCAGAAAAGCAAAAGUUAAGAGCUCAGGUUCGACGUCUCUGUCAAGAAAAUGCAUGGUUGAGAGAUGAACUGGCGAACACGCAACAGAAAUUACAAACAUCCGAGCAGGCAGUGGCUCAGUUAGAAGAGGAAAAGAAGCAACUUGAAUUUAUGAAUACUCUAAAGAAAUAUGAUAGCAAUGAAAUGCAAAGUGGGGAAGAAAAUUCUUCUGAAAAUAAAUCAGAAAGUGAAACACCUCUUGAUCUUGGCUUUCCUGAAGAUGAAGACGGUGUACAACAUGACGCCUUGUCACCCAUGCCUUCUGGUCAGAUGACAGCUUCAGUAACUGCUGGUUAUGAGAUUCCUGCUCGUCUUCGUACCUUACACAAUCUUGUCAUUCAGUAUGCUUCGCAAGGACGUUACGAAGUAGCUGUUCCCCUAUGCAAACAGGCAUUGGAAGAUUUAGAAAAAACUAGCGGUCAUGACCAUCCUGACGUCGCAACUAUGCUCAAUAUUUUGGCUCUCGUUUACAGAGACCAGAACAAGUACAAAGAAGCUGCAAAUUUGUUAAAUGAUGCUCUUGCAAUUAGAGAAAAGACAUUGGGUGAAAAUCAUCCUGCAGUUGCUGCAACUUUAAAUAAUUUAGCAGUCUUAUACGGAAAGAGAGGAAAGUACAAAGAUGCCGAACCAUUAUGUAAACGAGCUUUGGAAAUCAGGGAACGGGUACUUGGUAAAGAUCAUCCUGAUGUUGCCAAGCAGUUAAAUAAUUUAGCAUUACUAUGUCAGAAUCAAGCAAAAUAUGAAGAAGUAGAACACUAUUAUCAGCGUGCAUUAGAAAUUUAUGAAAAGAAAUUGGGUCCUGACGAUCCAAAUGUUGCUAAAACUAAAAAUAAUCUGGCCUCAGCAUAUCUAAAGCAGGGUAAAUACAAAGAAGCAGAAAUUCUUUACAAACAGGUUUUAACAAGAGCACACGAAAGAGAAUUUGGAAGUAUUGAUGGUGAAAACAAACCAAUUUGGCAAUUAGCAGAAGAGAGAGAGGAUAAUAAGAACAAAUCAAAAGUGUGCGAACCUUACAUAGAAUAUGGUGGCUGGCACAAAGCAGCUAAAGUCGAUAGCCCCACAGUAGCUACCACAUUAAAAAACUUAGGCGCACUGUACAGGAGACAGGGGAAGUACGAAGCAGCUGAUACUUUAGAAGACUGUGCGUUAAGGGCACGAAAAGAGGCAAUAGAUUCAGCGAGACAAGCCAAGUCUCCUCACUCCUUAAAUGCAGAAUUUAGUAUAAUUCAGAAAGACAAAAGAAGAAUGUCCAGGGACAGUAGCCGUCGAGGUUCUAGAGAAUCACUAGACAGCAUGACGUAUGAUCGAAUAAGUGAAGGUUUAGAUGAGUCCGCCAUACAGCGAGGUUAAAAACAUCCCUUCAUAUGAUACAUCAGGAUAACUUUAUGCAUGAUAUAUAAAUGCAUCAAAUAAAUAUUUCAGUGUAACAAAUUUCAAAAUAUAUACGUACAUGUAUACUAAUUUUGCAAUUAAUCUAAGUCAGCUAUAAGUUAUAUACUAAAAUAACUUAGUUUUUUUUAUUCUAAAUAUGAAGAAUUAAACAUUCCGGUUGAAUGCUCUAGUAACACCUUCAAUAAGAGAAAAGUAUCUUAACCUUCUUUUUUCACAAAGCUAGAUAUUAACUGUAUGUGGAAAAAUAAUAGCUAUUAUAUUUAUUUUAAUACAGUUUGCAAUGUAGCUGAAUAUUUAAUUUAAUUUGCUAAAAUGACAACUUCUUUUUGCUUUAUUUAACUAUUAAUUAAUGCGACGCAUGCAUUUAUACAUAGUGAAAUUUAUAACUUUAAUGCAUGAUAUUGAAAUUGCAUUGCAAUUUACUAACAUCUAAAAAAUUCUAACAACAUUCUUUACACAAAACAAAUAUAUAUUUAUAUAUAUGUUUUAAGAAGUUCUUAUCACUUUUAUUAGUGUUUAAUAAAAUGAAGUGCAUCUUGUUUACAUUUUAAACUACAAAAAUUACACCUGAACAUGAGUUUUGUUACUUUGAAUAAUUACAUAUGUAAUUCUAGAACUGUUCUAAGUCACUAAAUAUUAUUAAAAGCAUUGCCGAAAUCUACAUUAUAACUCUUCCAAUAAUUUUAUAUAAAUUAUCUUUAGAACUUCGCUUGAAAUGAUAGUUUUAAAAGUAUGUCGUUGCUUAAACAGUACAUUAAAUGAGAUAAAACAGUUCAUAAGAAUUUUUCAAGAAUUCUAAUUUUAUUAUUUUAAAGAUUCCAAACACUUUUUCUUUUUUAAUUUUUAAAUUGAUCCAUCAAAGACUAUUUGUUCAAUUGAUCUUACCUGAAUUUUCUGUACAGUUCAUCUUUAAUCUGUUAGUAAAAAUCAAUUUAAAGUCAACAGUUAUUUCCUCCUAUUUAGCUCUGUCUUAAUUGCUUAGAUUUUAACUGAUAUUUAACAACCAAAUCUUAGAUAUAAAGUUUAUUUUAUCAUUUAUAUGAAUUUCUUUAUGGUUAUUUUGUUGUAGUUAAUGAUCUCAUCUAGAUCUAUGAGAUCAUUAACUACAAUAAAUACAACAAAUUAGAACUACAUACAUUAGACACUUAGAGAUUGCUUGCAAGACUGAGAAGUUAGUUUAAUAUAGUUUUUGGAACAUAAAAUUUAUAACAAGAAUAAGCUUCAGUAAAUCAGUUAUAUGAAGUAUGAAAAAUAUUUCAGCAUAGUAUUCUUGUCAUAAAUUACGGAUAUAAUCCACAGCAUGAGAGAAAUUGCCAUCAUUUACAUCUAACAAAAAAUUUUUUUUUAUUUGAAAAGAGGAGAUAUGACAAGUAAUCAUUGCUGUUAUAAGGAUGCUUAAGAAAUGUGCAACUUAUUGCUUUAACUUCAUAUAAAUAUUGCUGUAAAAGUUGAAUUUUAAUUCUUGAAAUUGUAAUAACUUGAUUAACAAACUAUGCAUUUUGUAGAGUGAGAGAAAUUAAUUUCUUGAAUUACUCUUUGCACAAAACGAUCUUUUUAUAUUUUUAACAUUGAAUAGUAAUAUGGGCUAGAUGUCACACUUUUUUUUUAUGCCAUUAUCUUGAAUUGUUAAUUUUCUAAGUUGUGAUAAUUUUACUUUCUAGUUCUCUCAAUUUUCUCGAACAAAAUCACUCAGAAGGCUGAUCGUUCUUUCUUGUAUGCAGUAUUUCUUUUAAUUACAGAAUUAUUUUCUAAAUUACGUGAAAUAAUUUUACUUUGUGAAUAUCAUUGUGCCUUUUUUUUAAACUAAAAUAGAUUUUGUAAAUUUUAAAUUCUCAUAACAACCAUUAAAUGUUUCUUUGCAUAUGUCCCUAAACGUUUAGGAAAAUAAUUAGUUAUUAAUUCAUUACUGAUCAAUAUUUUGUUCCUUAAUUAUAAAAUUAAUUAUCAAGAACUACGUAUAAAAUAUUUGGAACAUAAAAAUACUGGUAUGCACCACUUAAUGACAUUCUACUUUAAUGUCUGUGUGUACUUUAAUGAUAGAGGUCUGUAAGAUUGUAAUAGAGCUGAAAAAUUCCUAGUCGUCUGUAUCUUUUCAAAGUUCAGAUAUGUUAGAUACAUAAAUACUGAAUGUUAGUUUAUAUAAAUAAUAGACUACACUAUAUAGGUUUGUCUAAGUACACUCUAUGAUGUAUUUCUCAGAACAUACCUUUGUAAUGAUGAGUGUGUUAUUUUAAGGUAGCAUAAAAUGCCAGUCUGGGUGGGAUGGAUGAUACUAUAAGUGAAAAAGGGUCAUUUGAAAAUGAAGAGAACCAAAAUUGUGAAGUGAAAAAUUAUAUAUCACCCCAAAAUAAGUAGAUUUAUUAUGAAAAUGCUUUAUAAAGUCAUGUAAUUUGCAACCAGUCAUCAAAUACAGCAGUCGUAUUUGAUGAUUGAAGAGAUACAGAGGUUCCCUCAUUGUUAUUAUUUGUCAAGUAGAACAAUUGCUUUCAGGUUGUCGGCAUCAACAACAUGAAAAAGGUAAAUAUGCUAAUGAUUUUGAUGCCAAUGUAUGUUGUUAAUAAUAAUACAAAAAGCUUUAUUUUUAUUAAAAUUUACUGACAGACUGAUUUUAUUUUAGUGGUUAUUUAUUGAGAUGAUAAAAUUUUUUUAAGCGUGUUUGCAUCCUUGUUAGAUACUAGUUUUUCAUAUUUUUUCCAUUCUAUAAUUUAGAAACUGCAUAAAUAACCAACCCCUAUCAAAAUAGGUUUGAAGAUUUUAUUACUUUAAAAAUGAACUUACCUGUUUUUUUAUUUCUGUGCUAAUGUUGAGGUGUAUACAAAUAUAAUUAUCUUCAGACAGACACUUGGACAAGCACUAAAAUUAUAUUAAUUUGUAAAUAUAAUAAAUUAAUAGUUUUAAAGUGGUAUUAUAGACCAUUAAAUGGCAGCAGAGUUCAUAAUUACGAUUGUGGAUGUUUGUAGUUUAUAGCUUUCAUAGAACACUUCUCUUCUAAAAAAGAGAAAAACUUCCCAUUGAGAAUAAGUCUAGUUGAUUUAUAGGUUUAACAAAAUAAUUUAUUUUAAAAACUUAUCAAUUUAUUCAUGUAAAAACUAAUAAGCUUGUAAAUUUAGUUCAUACAAUAAAUGAGUUAAUUUGUCUGGAAAAUAAAUUAAAAAUUACAAAAGUAUGUGAAGCAGACAAGCUAGAAAAAAGAAAAUCUUUAAUCAGUGAUAAAAAUAUGCUCUUGUUAACUGGCAUUUGGGUCAUUAUGUACAGAUUCAGUAAGAGAGAAAUAGUAGUAAUAUACCACAUCUCAAAAACUUAUGAAAAAAUUUGUAACAAAUGCUAAUUUUAAAAUUAGCACUUGUUAUUGCUAUUAAUUUUAUUUGUUACUAAAAACAAAUUUUUAAAACUUCAACAGUUAUAUUUUGACAGUUUAAUUUCUGAGAUAACACUCUGCCUUAAUCUAGGGAUGUAAUAGUAAACCUUUUUGUGAUCCAGAGGCAUUUAUUGGCUGUCUUCCAUUAAAUUGUUGAUAUUUUUAAAAAAUAAUUAUGUUAAAAUAAUAAAAAUUGUUAAUUUUUUAAAACUUUUGCAACAAGGUGACAUAGAAUUGUCACUUCUCUACUAUUUAAAAUUACUAUAUUAUGGACACAAUAUGUUUAUAUUGAUUUGUUAAAUAUCAAGGAUUAAUCUGUCUAAUUGACCAAUAACUGAUAAAUUUGCCUGUUCAAAGAUAAGAAAAACCAUCAAUUUUCUUGUUUGUUGGCAAUAUUAUUAAGUUUAUUCUACAAAUAUGGUUAGAAAAUAUGACUAAAACAAAUUUUAAAAUGUAAUAUCUUAGAUAUGCAUGCAUUGUUAUCAAAUCAAGGUUACUCUAUCUAGUUACCAAUAUCAUGUAUUGCAGAUAAGAAUGUGAAAAUCACCAUCAUAAACAAACUAAUUAAUCUUAUGGCAGGUAAAUGUUUUGUGAAACAAAUCAAA